UCUGAGAUCAGACUCCUCCGUUUCUAAUUCCCUCUCUCUUCUCUCUCUCUCUCUCUCUCUCUAUAUAAUUCACCUCCGAAAACCCCGUGCAAUUUCUCUGUUCUCUCUUCUCACGACCUGAUAAAGCAGAGGAGGAGAGAUCUCUGAGGGUUUCGUCAUGGCUUCGAAGCGGAUCUUGAAAGAGCUUAAGGAUCUCCAGAAAGAUCCUCCUACCUCCUGCAGCGCAGGCCCAGUUGCUGAAGAUAUGUUUCAUUGGCAAGCCACAAUUAUGGGUCCUCCUGACAGUCCCUAUGCCGGUGGAGUGUUUCUAGUUACCAUCCAUUUCCCUCCGGAUUAUCCAUUUAAGCCGCCAAAGGUUGCAUUCAAGACGAAGGUGUUUCACCCUAACAUCAACAGCAAUGGAAGCAUUUGUCUUGAUAUUUUAAAGGAACAGUGGAGCCCCGCCCUUACCAUUUCCAAGGUGUUGCUCUCCAUCUGCUCUCUGUUAACUGAUCCGAAUCCCGAUGACCCUUUGGUGCCGGAGAUUGCUCACAUGUACAAGACAGACCGGAGCAAGUACGAGACCACUGCCAGGAGCUGGACCCAGAAGUACGCCAUGGGUUAAAAUGUGCUGCAAGGUCUGAGAAGAGGGCUCCUUUACCUAGUGACUUUGUUCUUUUAUCUAUGAUAUGUGAUUCUAGUGUGAUCCGUCUGUUGUAAGAUGGACAAAAAAGGGUAAAGGCUUAAUGACUGCCCUCUGUGAAAGCACAUUUGGUGUGUUUGAUUUGUUUGUAUCGGAAUCUGCCUUUUAAACUAUAUGAAAUCUGUUUCCAAACGUUCUAACA